UUUUGGAUUAAAAAAAAUGAAAUGGUUCUUGAAUGAAAUGGUUCUCUUCCGUCAUUCUAUCGAGGAUCUGAGCUCAAAAGAUAUGAUUUCCGGGUACAUGAAUGAAAUCUGACCUCAACCUUAUAUCCAGAAUCCGAAUCCAUUACAAGCAAUAUUCAUGUACCCAGAACCCAUAUCUCCGCCUCAAACCCGCAUAGGAUGGAUAGGCAUUGGCGUGAUGGGCGGAGCAAUGGCGUCCCGCCUUUUAUCCGCCGGCUACACCGUCACUCUCUACGCACGGACGUCCUCAAAGGCGGCCACUCUUCAAUCCCAAGGCGCAUGUUUAGCAGAAUCUCCCGCAGACGUCGCUAGACACAGUGAUGUCGUGUUUACCGUCCUGGGACACCCAUCAGAUGUUCGACAAAUUGUCUUAGAGGGACCAGACUCUGUUCUCUCCUCCCUAAAUCCGAACACCGUCAUCGUGGACCACACCAGCAGUCAUCCGGCGCUUGCCAGGAGGAUCUCCGACUGCGCGGCUGAGAAGGAAUGCUGGGCAGUUGAUGCUCCGGUUUCGGGAGGAGAUAUAGGAGCAAAAGAAGGGAAACUGUCCAUUUUUGCCGCUGGAAAUGAAGAUGUGGUGAAAUGGUUGAAGCCAUUGUUUGAUGUCAUGGGGAAGGCGACUUACAUGGGUGGUCCAGGAAAGGGACAGAGUUGUAAAAUUGCGAAUCAGAUCAGUGUGGGAGCAAACCUAUUAGGGUUGAGUGAAGGUUUGGUUUUUGCAGAGAAGGCGGGGCUGGAUAAAGGUGAGUUCUUGGAGGCGAUUAGGGGUGGAGCGGCCGGGUCGAUGGUCAUGGAGUUACUUGGGAAGAGGAUGAUUGAGAAGGACUAUAGGGCUGGUGGUUUUGCAGAGUACAUGGUGAAGGACAUGGGAAUGGGUGUGGAUGUUGGGGAGGAGGAAAUGGUGGUGGUCUUGCCUGGUGCUGCAUUAGGAAAACAACUUUUUUCAGGAAUGGUGGCUAAUGGGGAUGGAAAGCUUGGAAUUCAAGGACUUAUCACUGUCAUAGAAAGGCUUAAUGGGAAGUGAGGAUAGUGUGUCUCAUGCUUGCAGCAAAUUAGUUUGUGUAUGUUUUCUUUCUAGUGCACAUGACUUUCAAUUUGGAUGGUGUACAGAUUAUGAACUUCACAAGCAAUGCUUCUAUUUGUGCCAAUUUCCUUUCAUUGUAUUUUGGAUAGUGGUUUCUGGGUUUCUGUCAUUUUGUAUUUAGUAAUUAUAUUUAAUUUUUAGCAUUUAAUAAUUGAUUAGUUUGUCUGGGAGCUUUGGUCUAUAUUAAUUUCAAGGAUGAAACACAUCGACAUGAGUUUUGCAUAAAUAC